CCUGCAUGCGAGCACUCACAAGACAGCUGAACAACAGACAAAGAAUUGCAUGCAUCCUUUCCAACAUCCGAUCACAUUAUGGGCGGUAAGGAGUUUGAGGCAUAGAUAAGCCAUUCAGAAAUGCAGCCCCCUCUCGCUUCCCCUGUGCCGCAGUGAUGGUGGACUAUGGGCAUUUUCACGAAUGCGGCUCUCCUCUGGCACUUGGAGCGGCGUGACCACCGCACGUCCCACUGACUCACGGAUCUGAGCAGAUGUCUGGUCCAGUACCGACACCGGGCCACCUCCUCUGCAAAAACAAAUGGCUGGUCGUGUAGAGGGAACCUGGAGAUAUGUGCACAGAUUGAGCAUCCUGAGAGAGAGGAGGAGAAGAUGCUCAUGCACACAUGCGUCUGGAGGGAUGCGGAGCACUAAACUCUCAUCUUUAGCAAUAUUCCUACUUUUGUUCCAUAGCGCGCAGGCUUACGACGAUGACUUGAGUCAUGAAGCCUCUGGAUCAUUUCUGGAUGAGGCCACAUCACCCUCAUCAACCCAUUUGUUUGGUGGCUUCCAUAUGACAGACAGGAAUCCGGUUUCUGUAGUCCAGUCAGAUCCCACAGGCUCGUCAAAUGGUAGCAGGGAACAACCUGCAUUUUCCUCUGUACUCACAUUACUUGCCAGCACGGCCCAAAAGCUUCCCGAACUCUCGUCAAAAGUUGUUGCACAUGACAAUGAAACACAUCAAUGGCCUUCAAAUGGAUCUUUGGAACGAGUGGAGCCAUUUACUCUUCCAUUGUCUGUGCUGGUCAGCAACCAAUCCAAUAACUCAGAGUUUGAGUGGAUAUCUGAGCUGGUGGCACCUGCAGCCACAUCCAGAGCUGCAGACCCUGAUUCUAGCAGACUGAUUUCACCUGAGCAGAGAAACAAUGCUGCACGCAAUAGAUCUUCAGCUACAGCAGUGGACAGACAACGAGAACGACCAGACAUUGCAACCACUAUUGUAUCUCAACCUACAAUAUUUAACAGCAAUACUGUUACCACAACCAGCAUCCCCUUUACAACAACCACAAACCAGAUUAGUACUACCCACUCAUCUGCUGCUAAACGACAUUCCAAAACACCUAGGACAACUAUAAGAACUACAACUACAGAAUCUCCAAAGACAACACCUAGAAUCCUGCCUGACUCCACCUCACAGAGCGCUAAGUUGGACCCUUCAAAAAGCACUUUAGGAACUCCAAGAGCUGCUGCAACUGAGGCCUCAAUGCUAAGAUGUAACAUCACUGACAAGUUGUGGAUAAAAACAGUGUUGUCCGUACAGUUACGAAGGAGCCGUCUAGACAGUAUUUUGAAGCAGAAUCUCCCUCGAGGGUUUACUCAAGCUCUGAAGAAGGCCUUGAAUGACAGCACGGUUCAGGCAAAGAUUGAGAGCAUCUCUAGUGUACCUAAUGUGACGGUCGGUUACUAUGUGACCCACGGAGAGAUGGUGUACACUGCUUCUGUGGUGGUGGAGGCUCUAAGUGUCUAUGGUAUUGAGAGAUUGAUGGCAGACAUCCGGCAGUUUGUGCCACUGGUGCAGGCAAUUCCCAUCCCAGCAGUGCCCUGGAGACCCAGCCCUGCAAUCUCAAUGAUGCUGAAGACAGUUCUGAGGUUUGUAGGGCCAGGAGACGACCUCAGGUCCUGCAGAUUUACUCAGAUGAUGGAGCAGAGACUGGAGAAUGCUUUUGCUGAAGCAGAGGCUGUAGUGAUGAACUCACACAGCGGUCUCACUGUACAGAUUUUGAGCACAUCACAGUCUGUAGGUUCUCCUGCUGUAUCUCUGAUAUAUGUGGUGCAUAAUGGCAGUUUCACUCUCAAUGGCACAACUGCCAGUAACCUUCUCAGCCAACUGACUGCCGAGCUUGUCGGUUACUUCCUGUUUUACCCUCCACUGAUCACAGCUGAGCCUCUGGAAUACCACAACCUUAACACAUCUGUAGCAACCAGGCCAUUUUGGAUAAUCACAGUGAUUCAGGAUGUGGAAAACUCCUCUCUAGAAGGACAGUACCAGAGUUUUGCUAGUCUGAUGGAGGAGCGGUUGGCUGAGCUCUUCAUGGUGGCUCACCAGCAAGGCGUUCGCUUCAAGCGGGCAACAACAGUGGGCAGUUACACUGUCCAGAUGGUUAGUAUCAGGCGUGUACAUGGGCCAAAAAACCCAGCUGAGAUGACCUACUACGUCCAGCAAAACAGGACCCCACUGCUUGGCACAUCUGCAGCCAAGCUUCUGAACACGGUGGACUCACAGACCAUGGCGCUCACGCUGGGAUACUUUGUCCAAUUGCAGGCUGAAGCCAUAGUGAAGAAUCCGCCCAACAACCUGUGGAUCAUCGCUGCAGUGCUAGCACCCAUUGGUGUGGUGACCCUUAUCAUCAUCAUCAUCACCACGGUGCUGUGUCACAAAAACAAAAGCGAUUUCAAAAGCGAUCCCAUUGGAAACUUCAACCCUCGAGUCAAGACUGCUUACUGGAGAGACGUGGGUUAUUACCCUCAGCCUGUUCAGGGGUUUGACUAUGCCAAGCAGCACCUGGGUCAGCAGGGUGGUGAUGAGGAGACCCUCCCAGUUACCCAGGAGACUAUGGUUCUACCCCACCCCAUUCGAGAUGCCCCUCUGUCCCUAGAUAAGCCUGCACGCCAAGAUGGAUCCACUUCCAAGAAAAGCCUGAACAGUGAGAUAAGGAAAAGUAGGUUGCCGAGUGAGGAUGGUUCCGUCAUCAGCAGCGAAUCAGUGAAAGAGGUCUCGGGAAAGGGCUCGAGUGUGCAAAAAGCCACAGCGCAGCAGAAACUCAUGAAGGAGGAGACGAGGAAGAGCAAUGAACAUUAUGAUAGUUCCUCAGGAUCACUUCAGCUUAUUUCUAUAAAACCAAUGGUAGCUCCACCCACCUACUCGCACCCUGCGUCCUCUGACCGCAGCCAGGACUCUGCUGUAUUCAAUGGAGAGGUGAAUUUGGCUCUGAAACAGAAGUCAGACAUUGAGCACUACAGGAAUAAGCUUAGACUGAAGGCCAAGAAGAAGGGAUACUAUGACUUCCCUUCUGCUGAGGGGAAAGGUAGCACUAAAGACCUGAGUCAGCGACACAAGUACAGCCACGACAGGCUUCCACACCCACACAGCAGAGCUCAGGAACCGGAAGACGACAGGGGCUCCACCUAUGUGAAGUAUCGCAGGAGACCCUCUCAGGUGAGUCACCCCACAAAUCGCAGCAGACAGUCUCUAAACAGUCCUGGAGGAACAGAGAUGGAUCUUCUAGUCAUGAGAGAGAGACCCAGAAAGGGGAUCCGUAACAAUGGCUAUGACACUGAGCCAGAGAUUAUUGAAGAGACUGAUGUUGACAGACUGGCGGGCCGCCAUUAUUUUGGCUGUGGUCGACAAAUCAAAGGUCAAUCUGAGACAUCAACGCUGAGUUCCCAGCCUUCCAUAGAUGAGGUUCGUCAGCAGAUGCAUCUGCUGCUAGAAGAAGCCUUUAGUCUAGCUUCAGCUGGUCACUCCACUUCCAGCAGACACCAUCACUCCCACCAUCAGCAUCCACCACUGGGUCCCUAUGGCUUGGGUCCAGUCAUCCCAUACUCAGAGGUGGUGACCAGUGCACCGGGCACCACAAGUCAAGGGCAGGAAGGCCUACAGUGGGUGCCAGCCUAUAGACCAGACCCUUACCAGUGCAGCCUGGCCAGACAGGCAUUCAGGUUCACUCAGAUUCCUGAAAUGGCUCUUGGGUCUCCUCCACCCCCGGUCCCACCAAGAACAGGCCCUCCUCCUGAGUCAUCACUGCAACGAUCAUCAUCUGAUCUUGGUCCUAAGGGUCAUUGCUCUGAGUUGUCAGUGCCGAGUCAGCAUGACAGCGCCCCCUACAAGCCAAAAGGCAGAGCACCACUCCCACCUGUCACUACUGAGCCCAUUCCCAACCACUCAGGAAACCCCAUGACAGCAGUGUAUGCCAUCCCAGCCACUCGUCCAGGAUACACGGGAUAUUUCAUCUCCACGCCACCCUCCUCCUACCACAGCCCAUCCUGGAUGUCUUAUCCCCCUGAACCCGAGGAUGUGCCUCCUCAGUGGGCCGAAUCUAUGCCCCUACCAGGCUACGCAGAGGCCUUUCCUCACCCUCAUUAUCCUCAGGGCAGCCCUCUCCUGUGGCACCACCGUCAGGCCGCUCAGGGUGGUCCGGACAAUCCACCCUCCUCCUCCACUGCAGCGUCCCAGCAGAGUCUAGCAGAGCCCGGAGAUUCGGUCAGCCCCGACACCCCCCUCAGUAGCCUUUCCACUUCAGCCCUAGUCAAAGCCAUCCGUGAUGAGGUGGCCAAACUGGCCAAGAAGCAAGCAGACAUGUUUGAGUUCCAGGUGUAGAACUUUCCGGUGAAUUCAUGGACCAGCUGCAAUGAGACUGAACAUUCUGAUAAAUUUACAACUUCUGAUUUCACAGGAUUAAAUCAUAUUUCACUGGAUACUUCCCCCCUUUCAGUGAAACACCUGUCUGCUUUUAAUACAGUUUUUGUGUGGUUCUUUUUGGCAUUGUACUAUAACAUUAAUAUGUAAUUAAACCUUUUCUUUAUUGUAGUAUAACAUUAAUGUGUAUCUAAAGUUUUUUUUUAUUUAAUGGGACAAUAUGGAAAUCUACAGUUUUCUCGUUUUAACUGUGUUGUAUUUUAUGAAACCUGGCAAGGUAAUUAAAAGGAUAGUCCACCUAAAAUUUUAAAUUCUGUCAUUAAUUACACACCCUCAUGUUGUUUAAAACCCAUAAUGAAGCAUGAAUGAAGAUAUUUUUAAUAUUCUCUUUUGUCCAUCCAUUGAACAGCCAAUCAACCAAAAUUGUCAAGCUUCAAAAAGUUCAUAAAUACAUAGUAAAAGAAACCCAUAUAAUUUGAGUGGUAUAAUCCACGUUUUCUGAAGAAACGCUAAAGAGAUUGCUUUAUAUUAUGAACAGAUUUGAUUUAUCAAUGCACAUUCACAUAGCACACAUGCACAAGCACAUUUAAGCUUCUUCAAGAAUUAAUGAGGUUAUUCACGAGUCAAGCAAGUACUGUACGUUUGACAAAAAUGAUGAGAGAAUAUAAUUAUCUUCAUUUGUGUUCCAAACACAAGCAGAAGUCUUGGGUUUGGAAUAAUGUGAAGGUAUACAAAUGAAGACAGAUUUUGUUUUUUGUUUUUUUGGACUAUCUCUUUAAAGUAGAAACAAACCGAACAGUUUGAAACAACUAACAGUCAUUUCCAAAGCUCAAGAAGGCAAGAAGGAACAUGUUGUCACAACUGGGUGCAAUUUAUAAUAAAAUAAAAUUUGUACCAAUAAAUUCACACAUGAUUUUGUGCCUGCAGUAGCUCUAAGAUGUCAAAAAUUUUAACUACUUAUUUGUUAACUGAAGCUGAUGCUACAUGUUAGACACUUCAACAUGUAGAUAUCCUUAUGUAGGUAUUAGUCAGGGUGAACUAGAACAGUUUAACACUACAUCCUGUUGAGCAGUUUGUGCAUCUAUGCUGGCUACAGGACCUACCCAGAAACCUUAGUGGCACAACAGUCCUCACAGUCUUGUUUUCAUUCAUGUACAAUUAAAAAAAUGCCUUCUACCCUGACUAAGGCCCAUGGCAGCAAUCUUUUUAACUUUAAAGUGCUUAAUUCAUUUACAUAGUCAACAGAAGGAAUGUGUUAUGCUUUAUUAGCUUGAGAUAUAACUAUAUACCCUGUAAAAUUGUUCUGUUAAAGGUGCUAAUAUAGGUGUACUGCUUCAUCAUUGGUGGAGUGAAAUAUAAAAGAGCUUUAUGAUGAUCAUGUGAAUGAGUCACAUUAUUUUUAUUUUAUUUUAUUUGAAGUAAACACAUCUGUUUUGUAUCCAUAUGCCAACAAUUAUUUACUUCAAAGCAACUUUUGAUUAAUUUAUGAGUUAAUUAUGCAUAGAUCAAAAUUCCACAUAAAUGAUUUGACUGUAAGUCUGACAUGCACUUUACUCAAGAUUUUUUCUGCAUACAUGUUUGAAAAAUUACCCAGAAGUUACUGAUAAUAACUGUAACAUCUCAAAGAUGAUCCAGUAUUUUCAUUGCCAACUUGGCCCACAUCAUCUUCCCAAAUAAAACUAUUAACUUUAGCAAUUAACUAUUCAUUAGCUUGAGCAUGCUGUGUGUACCAUGAAGUGGCUAAUAAAAACAGGAGUGUUGAUGGUUUUUGUGAUUUUAUUGUAUGUAAAUUGAGUUUUAUAGAAUGUAUGUAUAAACAGUUUGCCCUGAAGGGGCAACAGUAAUGCAUCAUACUUGUAUAACCUACAAUUUAAUAAGUAUGUUUUUUUUUUUAAACCUAUAAUCCCUACAUUCUCUCCCAAACGUUUCUUCAACUGAAAACAUUUAAAUGUUUAAAAUGUGGUCCAUUUUGUUACAUAUAAUAAUGUAAUAACACUGUAAUGUCUUAUUAUUAUUCUUUUUUUUACAUUUAUUUAUUUAUUAUUUUUAAUAAUUGUUCAGAGGCAGCUUGAACAAGUUUCUUAACAUAGAGUUUACUUACAUGACUUAUACACACAUAUGUUCAAAGUGCUAUAUGAACAGUGAAAAUGAACUUUGAAAGAUGGCGAUUGUAGUCAGUUGCAGGAAGUUGUUUUAUUCCCAGUAACAUUGGUGAUCACACUCAAAUCCUGUGCAAAUGCCAUAACUACUGUCAAAAUGUUUUUUUUUUUUUUUUUUUAAUAUGUUUCAGUUUGUUGAUAUAAGUAUUAUAAAACCAAUACAUUGAUGUUAAUUUUCAUUUUGAACCACAUAUCUAAUAAAGCACUAUCAAGAAGUGUGUUUGAGCCAUUUUCGAUGAGACAUUUUGCAAUAAAAGAUAACAAUGAA